AUGAACUUCGCUAGAUACUUUGAGAAGCUUAGGGAGAAGAGAAAGAAAUCAAAAGAGAGGAAAGAUCGGAGAGGAAGCCAGAAUGAGAACUAUCUCCCGCACAGCUAUUCGGCGUACCCGCAGAUGUACUUUCCUGUGGGCAGAGAAAGUCAGCCACAAAUUGUACAGCCUGCUGGGUAUCACGGACAGCAGAUGGUUCACACUGGCUAUGAUACGCGAGGAUAUCCGACUUUUACUUCGACGCCAAAUCUGGCGAUGCCGAUCUACAACGCUCACCCGAAUGUGAUGCCGCCUGACUACCCUCGCUUGUCGACUUCAAUGUCUCAUCCUCACGGAUUGGUGAUGCCGCCUUCUACGCCACAUGGGGUGUUGAUGCCUGAGCAACAUCCGCAUAGCUUGCUGCGGACUCCUGCUGCGAAUUCUUCUCCGAUAACUGGCGAGAGAAUCGAAUUGAACUCAUCUUCGGAGACGGUGGCGACGAGAGAAGAAAAACAGCCACUUCCAGACUGCAUCGUACCUACCGAUCAGGAAAUGCCGAGUGUCAUCGACAUGGAAGAAUUGUGGCGACCUCGGAGAACAUCAACGAUGACACGACUUGCCAACUCUUUUCAUGACCUGUCCAUGAAGGACAAGGAAUGGGAAGGCUUCCGAUCAAAAAGAGGCGACCACUACUUUUGA